AUGGGAUUGAUCAAUCUGGUGCUCAAGUCGUUCAUCCUCGUCCUCGACUUACGUGACACCUACGACGCCCUUGACGCGGUUAAGCUUAAAGAGAUCGGAUGCAAUCAGCGACAAGUACUCGUUCGUAAUGCUCAAGAUGGCACCAAGCAUAUCACUACACAGCGCCGUGUCGGCACAUCUAAGCGCAAAGCGGCUGUCAAAUCGGCACUCACUACAGUUCUAGUCUGGAACCUCUUCCACAAAGUCGAGCCCGUGUGCGACCGAACCAUCGCCUGGUUUGUGCCAUUCUACGACUCGUUCAAGACGCUCUUUCUCGUAUGGAUGCUCUCCACUCGCAGCUACGGUGCAGCGAUCCUUCUGCAUCGCUUCCUGGCUCCCAUAAUCCGGCCAUACGAGUCCAUCAUCGAGGGCACAUUCGAUGUCACGUUGGCGCUCGUUGGCUGGCUUGCCAUCCUUUUGGCUCCAGUGCUGGACAAAUUUGCACCAUUAUGGCAAGUGGCUUCAUCCUUCGCUCGCAUCGCUUCGCACUCGGCAUCAGCACACGCAGAAUCAACAUCGCCUCCAUCACGUUUUCAGCCCACAUCAAAAGUAUCGACAGCAGAAAAGGCGAUGAAAAAGCCUCGACCACCGCCGGAUGCUUCAUCAGGGUCUAUCAAGGCUCCUCCAGCCUCUGUACCUUUCAUGGCAAGAGCUGUUGCCGAACCUCAGCCUCGCCUUGUCCCGACGAAAUCACGGCAGGCGCUUGCCAAGAAAGCUUCACAGAGCAACUUGGCUGCGACACGGCGGGUGCUGCAGGAAUUGCCGGUACCUCGGCACGCGUUUGAACCAGUUGCAAGCUCUUCUACGAACGCACCAAAAUCAACUUCAACGACACAGAGCACAGCUGCCCCGCCCGCUACAGCCCCCAUCGUAUCGGUUAGUCGCAAUGGGACACCCGUGAUCAAAGCAAAGCCAUCGGACCCCACACUGGGACCGCGAAGUAUCGCACCGUCCGGCCCUGCUGUCAGUGUUCCACUUACUCCGACCACGGCUGCCAGUUUGGGGCCGCCUCCAACACCGCCAACAGGUCUUCGAAACUAUGCAUUCAUUCCAGGAAUGACACCACAGCGAGCUGGUCGGUCUUCAGUGAUCUCUCCAACACCACGUUUUCCCGGCGGUUUCUCAUUCUCUUUCGCGGCACCUCAAGCGUCCACCUCUAGCAACACAAACCCGUUCCAGUCUCAAGCAAGGGUGCCAGCUACGACACAGAUGGCGCCUCUGUCGCUAUCAUCUCAGACGCAGGCGUUGGCCGGACCGUCGAGUACGCUCGGAGGCAACAACAUCGAUGCCAACAGCAUGACGACGUACGAGAGUGUGCCCGCAGCACAGUACGACCGCAUAGUCCCUCCACCGAACGGAACAGCGAGAAUGCGGAAAGCAUCGUCUCUGCGGUCUCUCAAGAGUGCUGCCGCGUCGGACGCAAAACGCGCAGCAUCGAAGACGUUGACUGCCUCUACCAGCAAGAAGCGCAGUCGACCCGAUGAGGCCACUGAAGGGAGCGUCAGUGUAGAAGGUCAACCCGCCGCAGCCACCACAUCACCGCGAAAGCGUCCCAAAGCUGCACCGAGCAAGACCUCAUCCAGCAAAACAACAGCUUCAGCCUCAGCAAAAACACGACCGACGGCAAAGGUAGGAAGCGUCAAUGCACAGGCUGCUACCAGCGCAGCUAAACGUGCUGCGACGCGAAAGAAAGCCACAGCGAACGGUGGACAGCGCACUGCCAAGAAAUUUGCACCUUCUCAGGCCACCGCUGAAACCACAGAAGAGAGCAUGUCACUUUCGAAUAGCGGUGACAAGGAAAAGCGAAAAGCUGCAAGCUCUCCGCGUAAGAAAGCAACGUCGACCUUUGGCGAGACAGGUGCGGCAUCGAGAAAGCCAAGCGCUCAGCGAACAGCAACCAAGAAGAGCUCCUUAGCGAGCGCUUCCCGUAGCACAUCCGUCGAGGCUUCCGAAGCAUCAGAGCCUCCGCAAAGAUUGACCCGUAGCCGCACCAAACAAAACCUCGCCGGCUGA